GGUAGCUGGCUGGGCUGAGGGCCGCGGGGCCGGCGCCCGGCGUGAGAGAUGGGGCUGCCGGCUGUGUAGGGGCCAUGCCGCCCGGGCCCCGGGCCUGUCCCGCUCCGCGCCCCGGCCGCCGCGCCCCGCGUCCGCGCCGGCAUGGUGAACCUGGCGGCCAUGGUGUGGCGCCGGCUUCUGCGGAAGAGGUGGGUGCUCGCCCUGGUCUUCGGGCUCUCGCUCGUCUACUUCCUCACCAGCACCUUGAAGCAGGAGGAGAGGGCAGUGAGAGAUCGGAAUCUCCUCCAGGUUCAAGAGCGUGAACAGCCCAUUCUCUGGAAAGUGCAGUUUAACUUGGGCAAUAGCAGUCGGCCCAGCAACCAGUGCCGGAACUCCAUUCAAGGGAAGCUCCUCAUCACGGACGAACUAGGAUACGUUUGUGAAAGGAAGGAUUUGCUGGUGAAUGGCUGCUGUAACGUCAACGUCCCGGGCACUAAGCAGUACUGCUGUGAUGGCUGCUUGUCCAACGGCUGCUGUAGCGCUUACGAGCACUGCGUCUCCUGCUGCCUGCAGCCCAACAAGCAACUUCUCCUGGAGCGCUUCCUCAACCGGGCAGCUGUGGCAUUCCAGAACCUCUUCAUGGCAGUCGAAGAUCACUUUGAAUUGUGUUUGGCUAAAUGCCGGACCUCAUCCCAGAGCGUGCAGCAUGAGAACACCUAUAGGGACCCUAUAGCAAAGUACUGCUAUGGAGACAGCCCUCCCGAGCUCUUCCCUGCAUGAUGGGCGCAGAAGACUUGCCGUGCUCAUGGCUGUGGCACGUGCAGCCUGAAGCCAGGCGUCCGCAGUCGCUAGUCCGUGGGAAGAAGAGAGGCGUCGUGCGGAAACCAUGGCUUUGACCACUUCUCGUGUUGUACUCUGUGGCUUCACUCCCCGCCGGGCUUUACCAGAAGGGACUGUUGUGUAAAGCCCCGUGGAAACACUAGAGGGUCACAUUCGAAAAAGACAGAACUGCGGGCGACCUUGUGGAGGGGUUGGCACUUGGAGCGCCUCCCCCAUCGCAGCUGCUCAGGGCCUGUGGUCACUCAAGUUCUCAUCGGGGCCCUUCACUGUCAAGUUAUUUAUUGGAUUUCUUUGGAGUAGUGGGAAAAUGAUAAUGUUUAGGAAAAUGCCUUGUGAUAGUUAAAUAUAUGCCAGGAAACUGUUGUUUGUCUUGUGUUCUUGAGUUUCAUGAGUUAAAUCAUGCCUUCACCCAGAUCAAAUGUUUGGCCUCUCAGAAAGGGGCAUGUGCUCUCAAGGUCGUUAUUUUUGGUUUUGUUUUAACAGCAUCCUCAGGAGUGGACCCUGAACACCAUAUGCUGACAUCUAAAAUUGUCUGAAAUCUCAAAGACACUCUUCCACUCUAAUCUGGUGCCAGCCUUCUAGCAGCUGGCACCAUGUGCUCUCAGCUGUUUUUCUCGUGGUAUCUGGGAUACUUGGAUACCUAUGUGUGAACACUAUUUUAACCACAAGUUCUGAGUUAUUAUCCUGGAGGAUUUCGUGCUCGUUUCCUAUGAAAUGACUUGUCUGCUCAGUUGGGUCCCGUGGGAGCCUCAGGAAAUUUACCUCCUCCUCUCCUGUCAUGGAAACCCUGUGUUAGGGCGAGUCCUCGAUGGAGACACAUCUAGCAACUGGCUGUAAGCAGUAAUCCUUUAUUGCCCCAGCUGCAGGAGAUGUAGCAGGUGCAGAUGUUCAGUUUCCCUGUAAUUUGCAAAGAAGAAGAGGAGGAAACCCAAGGAGUUUCUAUCAAGGAGCUGUAAGAGACUCGCAUCUACCCUAAGUGGGACCCAUGAAUGGACGCUGGACGUGCAGGGUGCUGGGCCACACGCUCUGGGUGCUCC